GUGAUGAAGGUUCUAACUUCAGGCCAUGGAGAAUUGUUAUUAUGCUGAAGGGCCAAACUGGGUUAAUCCUCAGUACCAGACUGCAACAGCCGUGAGCAAUGAAUCUUCUACUUUCCGAGGUCCAUGGCCUCAUGUCACUAACUCUACUCAGUUUCAGUUCUGUGGAGGGUUUCCACCUUCAUGGUCUUCAACCUCCGAAGGGCUUGCAGAAGAAGAUAGAGCUGCUAGUGCUUCUAAGAGCCAUAGCCAGGCCGAGAAGCGGCGCAGAGACAGAAUCAAUGCUCAGCUUGCAACUCUUAGGAAACUUAUUCCCCAGUCUGACAAGAUGGACAAGGCAGCUCUAUUGAGAAGUGUCAUAGAUGAAGUCAAGGAUCUUAAGCGAAAAGCAACUGAAGUGAGCAAAGCCUGCAUGGUGCCAACUGAAUCUGAUGAAAUAACUGUUUGUCAAUGUGAUUUUGCCCAUGAGGGUAGUCCUAUGAACUCCACCAGCAUUAACAAAAUCAAGGACAAUAGUAUUAUGAUAAGAGUAUCUGUUUGCUGUGAUGACCAACCAGAAUUGUUCAGGGAGCUCAUUCAAGUCCUCAAACGCCUAAAACUGACCGUCACUAAAGCCGAUAUCGCCAGUGCCGGUGGUAGGAUUAAAAGCAUUUUAGUCCUUUGCUCCAAGGAUAGCGAAGAGACCGUCUCCAUAAGCAACCUCAAACAAGCCCUUAAGUUGGUCUUAAGCAAAAUCGCUGCGUCAUCCGGGACUCCAAAUUGUCGAAUUAGAAGCAAAAGGCAAAGGUUCUUCUUGCCCUUCCCUAAAGUAGAUGUAUCUCAGGAUUCUUGAGUCCCUAUGGUGAGUUAAUGUCUUGCAAAAUUACUCCCUAUUGCUAAAUUUGUUCUUCCCCCAGGAGACAUGAUUUAAUUAAUUAUGCAUUGUAUGAAUAGAUGGAAAAGACAUAAGGCAGUAGGCACAAUAUAGAUGGAUCAUGUUGCUUCCCUACCACAUGAAGCAAGGUUCCAAAAAUCCCCACCUAUGAGCCAGGCGGUCACACACCGCCUGAUUAUGUCUUAGUCCCCAAAGUUUGACGGGAAGUUGAAAGUCAGCCGACUAGUCCGUCUAAUGGACCGACUAGGCUGCCUAAUCGGCGCUUAGGUGGCUUGAGUUUGAAUUUUUUCAAGUAUACGCUUGUAAAAAUCAAAAUCACAAUGUAUUUUUAAUUUUUAGAAUCUCAUUGUACUAUUGUUGUGAAACAUUUUAUCUACAUUUUGAGUAUUUUCACUAUAUUUGAACAUUAUAAUA